UAUAAGCUGAAUCAAUCAUAUGCAAGCAAUAUUUAAAAACGUACCUGGUUUUAGUUCAAAGUCUAACCUGGACCACCAUCUUGAAUCGUGACGUCAUUGUGCGCAAAAUUGCAUGCGCAUUAAUAGUUUGUCUUUUAUUUUUGCUGAGUUCAUUUUUUCGUUCUUUCUGUUGUAUUUAAAAAACUGAAGAAGAAGUAUUGUAUUCUGGACAUUCCUAAAGCAAUUCAACCUUCUAUAUAAUAUAGCUAGCUAGACAUAAUACCUACCAUGGGGACAAGACGAGGUGAGCUGAGAAUUUUUGGAACUCCCAAAGAACCAUUGUUCAACAUGAGACCACAAGGGAUGUCAACAGAACUCCUACAAGAUUGGCUUAGUAUAUUAGCAACUGAGAAUGCAGAACAUAUGAAACAGUGUAGUCAGAGGAAGAGCCUCUUCAAAUGUGGACUGGUUACUGAAAGUGUGCUUCUGAUGGCAGAGAGACUUAAACAACCAAUACAUUCAAGAUUCCUUUCUGCUGAGCUCUUUGAUAGGUUUAUGAGUAAACACAUAGAAGACCUUUGGGAUUAUGUUGUGAAUAUGGAGAGUGAGAAAAGAGAAAAGGAAUGGCAAGCCAUACAAGAACGGAUCAGGAAUCAGAUGACUCUCAGAAUGGUGUCAUGUAUACAACUGUGCAGUAAACUCACAUCACAUGCCAAGGUUAUAACCUGUACCAAAGCUAGACUAGUCUUACAAAACAUUGGCCACAAGUUCAGCGCAGAAAGUAUCCUUCAAUCAGAGCUGCGAGUUCUAAAGACAUUAGAAUACAGGGUGAUGGUACCCUCUCCCUUGCUUUUUGUGGAAACUCUACUGGAAAUAUUAGGACACAGUGACCAAGAUGUUGAAGUGAAGGUAUACCAUGAUGUCUGUACUAAGGUGUUAGAUUUGGUCUAUAUGAACAGGCAGAUGUUUUAUGAUAAGCUAUACUUUGUAGCUACAGGACAACCACUGGACGACCCAGCUAAAAGAAAGAGAUUCGCCUCAGUUGAAGGGGACAUGAUGCUAUUGGGCACAUCUGCCAUUGCUGCAGCAACAUAUAUUGUGGACCAAUCAAACACUGACAAGGUGGUAGAAGAACUAUCAAAGAUCUCCAAAGUACCAACAGAUGACAUACUGGACUUUGCUACCAUAAUUGUACAAGAGGUGAUAGAGGGCAGUACAAGUGUAUACUAAAAAGAACACCUAUGUAAGAUAGACAUUACCUUGGUGUAGAUUGUUCUAUGUAAUAUCUGAGUCACAUUUGCUACGAUUCAUCGGCCAGCCGACUGAGUAUUUUUUAUUCAAAACUGCCUGUGGAAUGACCUUCAACUGAACAAUUCUGACCUACAUUUUGUUUAAAAAAUAAACUCUUCACGGGUUUUUCAAAAUUGCAAAAAUAGACUAAGUUUCCAUAAAAUUGGCAGUGUAAGUCAUAUGGUUUUGGCAAAAUACGUUAAUCAAAUUGUAGAAUCUUUGCAAUAUUUGGCAAGUAUAAAUUUUGAAUGAUCCUCACCUGAAAAAAGAUGAUCCAAACUUAAUAGAUGGUGGCUAUGACAGACACCCGGGGACAGACAGUACAAGAAUGGAGGAGCAGUGGGCUUGUGUGUGCUUAAGGGAACUUGUUUCAAAAUGGCGGCCAUUCCUUCCCAUGCGAGUCCAGUACCCAUGGUACUAUUUCUUGCUUAAUUUACUGAUAUCCUAGUGGGUAUAGAAUUUAUUUCAGGUUAUGUUGUAAAUAUAACAGCGUACCCUGGAAUAAAUAUCGUUUA